UUGACUAAUGUAGAGAAUUUCCCUUCAUUUGAUACGUUAAACACAGAAAGAGACGCACAUACAGCACACAAGCGUAGCUGAUAAACACAGGAGAUAUCCGCGCUGUGGUUUAUUUUUUUCGAGUUCAAGAAACACGGACAGAAUCAGUUUUGCUCUGGAGUACUAUCUAUUCGGGAAAACCAGGCGCUUUUGAGUACAGCAGGCUUUUUUUCUCCAGCUUUUAACGAAGAGAAAAUGUCGGGCAGAACAAUGAGAUGGCAAGUACUGUUGUUUGUGUCGGUCUCUUCCCUCGGCACAGUUUUCGGGCAGGUCGCUUACUCGAUUCCCGAGGAAAUGUCAAAAGGCUCUGUAGUUGGUAAUAUAGCGCAGGAUUUAGGUAUAAAUGUAAAGAGACUGAAAUCGGGUAAGGCGCGUAUAUAUACAGAAGACAAUGGAAAAUACGUCGAGCUGAAUAAAGACAGAGGCGUCCUGCUUGUCAGAGAAAGAAUUGACAGAGAGACGCUCUGCGGGCAGACGACACCUUGUGCUUUACAUCUUCAAAUUACACUUGAAGACCCGAUUGAAUUCUAUACCGUUACUGUCGAAAUUAACGACAUUAACGACAAUGCUCCGAGCUUCAAAAAGGAUGAAAUAAAAUUUAGGAUUAGUGAGUCGGCUGUGACUGGAGCAAAAUUUGUGCUAGAUAGAGCAAUAGAUCCAGACGUAGGUGUGAACGGAUUGCAGAGUUAUUCGCUAAAACCUACAGACAGUUUUAAUCUAAAACUGCAAAAUCAGCAAGACGGGAGCAAAAAGGUGGAGAUGGUGUUGCAGAAACAUCUAGACAGAGAGGCGCAACAGCAUCUCUCUUUAAUUCUCACAGCUGCUGACGGUGGUGAGCCUCAGCUGUCGGGAACAGUGCGAAUAGAAAUUUCCGUGCUAGAUGUCAACGACAAUGCUCCAGUAUUUACGCAGGAAGUCUAUAAGGUGACUAUAAUGGAGAAUGCUGCAAAGGGUGCAAUUUUGUGUACUGUUAGUGCUACAGAUGCAGAUGAAGGUUCUUAUGGGAAGGUUAUUUAUUCAAUAACAAACACGUUAGACGAUGUCCCUGUAAUGUUUCACAUUGCCGAAGAAAGUGGUGAGGUAUCCCUAACUGGAAACCUGGAUUAUGAAAAGGCACAGCUCUAUGAAAUACAUGUACAGGCUAGUGAUGAUGGGGGACUAACAGAUUCAGCUAAAAUUCUUGUUGAAGUAACCGACACAAACGAUAAUCACCCAUCUAUUAAUAUAAUGUCUAAAACAAAUUCCGUAUCAGAAAAUUCAAGGCCAGAAACAAUUGUAACAAUUUUCAAUGUUCAAGAUCCCGACUCUGGUGAAAAUGGCAAAGUAGCAUGUAAUAUCGAAGGACAUGUGCCAUUUAUGAUCAAAUCAACAUCUAAAAAGUUCUUUAGCCUAGUUACAGACAGUGAUUUAGACAGAGAGAGAGCAUCCGAAUAUAACAUCACUGUGACCUGCUCUGAUGAGGGAGUGCCCUCCCUCUUCAGCAGCGUCACUCUCACCUUACAGAUCUCAGACGUUAAUGAUAACGCACCUGUCUUUGAGAGGAGCUCAUAUGAGGCCUAUAUUGUAGAAAACAACACGCCAGGUCUCUCUAUAUUCACAGUCAAAGCCACAGACGCUGACUGGAACCAGAAUGCCCGUGUUUCUUACAUACUGGAGGACUCCUCCGUUAACGGAGUGCCAGUCUCCUCAUAUGUGUCGGUUAGUGCUGAUAGUGGAGUCAUCCAUGCAGUGCGCUCUUUUGACUACGAGCAGAUCAAAGAUUUCCACUUCCGCGUAAAAGCGCAGGAUGGAGGCUCUCCUCCACUCAGCAGCAACGUGACUGUGAAAAUAAUGAUCCAAGACCAGAACGACAACCCCCCUCAGGUUCUGUACCCAGUCCAGACUGGUGGCUCUCUGGUGGCUGAAAUGGUGCCUCGUUCAGCAGAUGUGGGCUAUCUGGUGACUAAAGUGGUGGCUGUUGAUGUGGACUCUGGACAGAAUGCCUGGCUCUCCUAUAAACUGCAGAAAGCCACAGACAGGGCGCUGUUUGAAGUGGGCUUACAGAAUGGAGAAAUCAGAACUAUCCGCCAAGUCACUGAUAAAGAUGCUAUCAAACAAAGACUGACUGUUAUAGUGGAGGACAACGGGCAGCCCUCUCGUUCAGCUACAGUCAUUGUUAACGUGGCGGUGGCGGACAGCUUCCCUGAAGUGCUGUCGGAGUUCACUGAGUUGACACACGACAAGGAGUACAAUGACAACCUGACUUUUUACUUAGUCUUGGCUCUGGCUGUAGUUUCCUUCCUCUUCAUUACGUGUUUAGUGGUUAUUAUAUCAGUCAAAAUCUACAGGUGGAGACAGUCUCGCAUCCUGUAUCACUCCAACCUCCCUGUCAUUCCAUAUUAUCCACCACGUUACUCAGACACUUUGGGCGCAGGGACUCUGCCACAUGUAUACAAUUACGAGGUGUGCAGGACGACUGACUCCAGAAAGAGUGACUGUAAAUUCGGCAGAGCUGGUAGUCAGAACGUGCUGAUAAUGGACCCCAGUUCUACAGGAACGAUGCAGCGGAUACAGAGUGAAAAGAGCAUCCUGGAUGAACCAGACUCUCCUCUAGAGGUUAGCCUCAUGAAAUGA